AGAGGCCACUUUCAACCGAAACUUCCCUCUGUGUCCACGAACGAAAAUGUCGAUCGAGAUAAAGAAAACCUCUAACGGGGUGCUCCCCGAUGAGAUCCUGCAGGAGCUGCUGUCAACAGGUCGCUUGUCAACGGAGCUCGAGAAGGAGCUGUUUAGGCUUGCGACAGAAGCGAAAAACUGCUCGUACAGCCCAUACAGCAAGUUCCGUGUCGGUGCCGCUGUGAUCGCCAAGUCCGGAAAUGUCUACCUCGGUGGGAACGUGGAGAGUGCGUCCUACGGAGCGACCCGAUGCGCAGAGCAAACAGCAUUCCAGAAGGCCGUGAGCGAAGGAGAAAGACGGUUCUUGGUCGUCGGAGUCGCCACUGAUACCGACGCUUUCAUAUCACCUUGCGGCAUCUGUCGCCAGUUCAUGGUGGAAUGGGGAAAGAGUCUGAUGGUUUACAACUUCAAACCAGACGGAACCUUCCGCAAGUACAAGCUUAGUGAAUUACUACCCGAUAGCUUCGGACCGGACGAUCUGGAAAGGCCGCGGGGCGAAUAGAUGAGGGAGUCCCUUUCCUAGCUUUCUCGUCUAGAGUCUACCAUAGACGAUGGCUUACCCAAACUUGCUGCCUCACUCACGCCCUGGCACUCUGUGUGAGUCCAUCGAUGGCUUUAGUGAAGAAGACAUGGAUUAUUCCUAGACAUCAUCAAAGGCAGACAUUCACUAGAUGUAGAGAAUAGAGCAUUUACCCCGAUUCUCGCCAGCUUGUUCGACGGUUCCCCCAUCGUAGUCUUCACUCUAUGACGGUUCAACAGA